AUGCACAUUCCGACACUGAGAGAGAUAUUGAAGAGUUAUCUGAUCCUGAUUACAAUAGGAUCAGCCUCUAUGAUUGUGAUAACAGUGAAGUACAUGAGAAAGGAUCUGACAGGAACAGUUAUAGAUGUUAAAUCCUGGUUAAAGGCAGCAUAUUUCGGUUGUGGUAUAAACUUUAUUGGUUAUGGAGAGAGGUUUGCUGUUCUGCGAUAUGCUCAUAUAGAUCCAAACACUAAAACAUUUUCUAUUCCUUGCACAGAACGCAAACCGGACUAUUAUUUUGUGCAAGGUGGUGUUAAAGGAAACAUAUUGACUGUCAAGGAAUGGAUGAAAGAAAAUAUAUUAAACGACUGGAUGGAAAACAUGACAGUUUACAGCUAUUAUUAUAUCAAAAAGAAUAGAAUGUCUGUUAUAAAGACACCAACAUUUGCUGUGAACAGAGUAGAAGCUCAUAACUUAUACCACGCCAUGUGUGAAUGGUAUAGUCUUUUUCUUAUAUCGUACUUGUUAAAUUUUGACCCUAAACAGGUUGCAAUAUUGUUCAUGGACGACAGACCUCCGAACAUACUAGAUGAAACUUGGGAUACCUUAUUUGGUGAAAUAACGAGAUAUAAUACUAUACCCAGUGACAACGUGUACAAAGCGUUGAUAUGGAAUAUAUAUGGAUACGAGAGUCUGAUGAAUAUACCAACGUUAACAAGGCUGCCAUAUGUAACAGAGUUUCGAAAUUUCAUUUUAGACUCCUUUAAACUUCCUCAACAUAAAUCUUUGAAUUGUAACAGGCUUAGGAUAACUGUUAUAUUACGCAGAGACUAUAGGUCGCAUCCAGAAUUGACAAGUGGCAUUGUCCUUAGAAAGUUUUAUAAUAAUUCAGAGGUUCUCGGAGUUGUUCAAUCAGUUUUUUACGGACAUGAAGUAAGAGGAAUAUAUCUCGAAUACUUCUCAAUGAAAGAACAAAUUGAAAUGAUAACACAAACUGAUAUUUUGGUAGGAAUGCAUGGCGCUGGAAUGUCACAUAUACUGUUUCUACCUAAACAUGCUGCAUGUUUCGAAAUAUUUCCAAAAUACGUAAACUAUUACACGUUCUUUAAAGCUUUCUCGAGAUGGCGAAGAACUAAAUAUGUAAGUUGGAAAAACCAGGAUUCUGACAAUGAAUUUCCUGAAUUUAAAACAAAAAUACCCAUACAUGUUCUCGUUUCACAUCUGAAAACUUUAAAGCGAAGAGUUUGCAUCUGA